GUGGUUGCCGGUGGUAAUGCCGCCAAAAUUUACCUACGUCACGGUCUACCAUGGGCGGUCCUACACUCUCCUCAGUAUUGCCCUCUCAAUCAGCGUGUCAAGAUGUGGUUACGACUCUACAGCAACUGCAGGUUGGCCUGGCGAGGGUCACUACACCCAACGAGACGCCUAUCUUCAUAUGUAGACUCGAAGACUGUUACAGGCUUUUUCCCUCAAAAGAUCGUCUUAUGUUUCAUCGCAAACGCGAUCACGGUUCCGAUGACGGGUCGAACAUUGUGACAUGGAACGCAUAGCUCUAGAAAGGCCAGACUUUGAUAUCAGAGUCUACCUUUGGUAUGACCUGCAGCAACAGCCUGAGGAUUAUACAUAUAACUCCCUUGUCGACCUAAUUACUUGUGAUAAUCGAUAUCAAUAUAUAUAUAAGCAUUGGGGUAGAAAUAUUU